AUGUCAUGCUCUCGCAACAACGCAUACUUUCCGGGUGAUCUGCACCCCACAAACUUGUGUCUCGGUGAACAAUCUGACGGCUAUGCUGCGUACGAAGUGAAGCUCUUCCAUGGUCAACGUGGUAGCCUCCUGGCCCCGGUAUCCAAGGUGCUCUCUGGAAUCAAGUUUCGCGGUUUAGUC